AUGGAGUCUUCACAAGACCAUCAUCUGCCCACGAUCCGCGUCUUCCGCAAGGCGUUCACUGGUUCUUUCAAGGAAGCAACGUCUGGUCAUGUGGAACUGCACGAGCAGGACGAGGCUUUGGUCCAUGAGGCCACCAGUUGGCUCUACGUAGGAGACGUAGCCAAAAAGGACGAGAAGACGUCUCUGGCCUUCUGGGUCGACCUGAGCAUGGUGGGAGACUACCUGGGUAUCGAGAGCCUCCGAAGAUUCGCAAACUCCCAUUUUGAAACCAUGGUCGAGAAUCGGAAGACGGAGAUAUUCAAGCAGUGGAACAGUGUUGUCAGGGAUCCGUCAAAGAUUGACACGAAGGAGAUCGAAGAUCUCUUUCAUGCAGCAAACGUGGCCUACAACAUGGAAGCGUCUUCCUCUCGUUUCCUGCGACGGACUCUCCUGAAGUUCAUGUUGGACACGAAGUAUAUUGCUGGCGUCAACGCCCAAUUCGCUGCCCGCAUUGCCGACUAUCCUCUAUUCGCUGCAGAUAUUCGCCCGACACCGCCCGAGGUUCAUUGGGGCUCACCCAUGAGCUAG